ACUGGUUCUGUCAAAUCGGUUGCAUUUAACUUAGACUGACAUGUUCGGGUUCUUGAAGCGUACAGGUCCUUCCUGAAUAAAAUAUUAUUUUAUCUUUACUCUGUUGCGCUGGAUCGAAAGAAGAAAUCCCAAAUGGACGUCCGUAGUGCGUAUCUGGGAUGGUUAUUACUGCUUCCCGGAUGUUGCACAGCAUCCAGCUCGCCCAACGGCAGCGUAUCGGCUUGCGAAGUCGGUACAGAGCUGUCUAGCUUCCUUAUCUUGAACCGUUGGCAACCGGAAGAAUCUGGAUCACCAGAGGAUCGAUACGAUGUGGACUGCCCUGAAGCAGCAAAACCUACGGAUUUAAGUUUUGGACUAAGAAAUAUUGCUCCUUCUGCGCAAAACCAGCCAGUUCGUCUGAAGAUUUUCGACGGUGCCUUAUUCAAGCCUCAGCCGUUAUCGUCGCUUUCGGCUCGACUUCUGUUUCUUCAUGUAUCGACUUGCCGGUCAUCACGCAUUACCGGCAUACUUCCAAAGAUACAUGCCUCGAAACUGACCUUUUUUGGAAUAAAAAAAUGCGAUGGAAUGAUUUUGCACAAGGCAGACUUCUCGUCCAAAAAAUCACUAACGACAAUUGCAUUUUUCGCAUCGACUAUUCGUACCAUGGAAAAGGGCACAUUUUCCGAUCUGCCAAGUUUGUCGACACUGGCCUUAGAAGCGUGGUGGGAUGGUGACGAGAGCCAUAAUUUCUUACCAAAAUACAGAGAACAGCUGAUGAAAUUCCAUUGUAACUGCGAAUAUCAGUGGUUUCGGGAUUGGAUUACCAUGAAACGGUUUGGACAGUCACCUUUGAUUGUGGAUGACGAAACCAUAUAUUUUCCCGUCAACUGUCGUGCGCUAACCGAAUCGUUGAACAGCGUGGACUGGAAUCAAACGUCUUACUCGAUCCUUACCAGUUGUUAAUUUUGUAGUUCUUAAACCGAUUCUUUUUAAUACUGUUUCUUCGUCGCCGAUAAUCGCCGGCAUGCAGUACCUGUGUCUGACUCUACUGACGACUGCAACUACUGCACUUUGUAUGUAUCCAUUCCCUUGGAAACUAUGUUUUGUUCUCUAUUAUUUUACGCAUAAAGCAAUGCUUACUUCAAACGUCCGUCAUCAGCUCAUCUAGUCUAGUCAUUCCAUCAAAAUCGCUUUAUUUCUUCGAGAUACUCUUAUGAAUCUUUUAAUAUACUUCCUGCUCGCUUUGAAUUCAUGUAUUCCUAACACAUAUCGAAUUUUCUGCGUACUUCAUGAUUUAAGUUUGGACACACCCCGUUGAACAGUGAAUAAGCCGGAUCACUUCAUCACUGGUUUUGGUCACCAAUCCCCAUCUAACGGUUAUCCAUGCGAAAUUUAUGGUUGUCCUUUUCUAUAUUUUUUCAUCUGAGUUUAAGCCCUUUUGCCUCAGCUAUACCGUUGUCCGCAGUGGCUAACCAUUCUCCGAAUGGUGUUGCGCAACCUCCACAACCUAUAAAACAACCUUCUGGCGCAGCGCUUCCAACCGGACAAAUUCCCCACGUUCAAGCUGCCAGUGUGCCUGCCGGUGCCCUCAACACCAAUGCACUGAAUGUGCCCCAGCAAGCCGCACCGGCCGCUGUCGACUCUUCGGCAUAUGAGGUCAAACCCGGUGAACAUUUCCCUGCAGUACCUGCUCCAUAUGUGCCCGAAACACAUCCCAUAUCGGCGGAAACUCCAAUUCAAAACAUGCCGAAUGCAGCUGGAGCUGGCGAUUCAAAUCUUCAACCACAGAUGGCUCUUCAGGCAGGUCAAACGCUGGAAAAUACAGAAAAAGUUACGGAAACUGGACUGGUUCCGGUUUCACAGCCGGCAUCCCAGCUAUCCAGCAACGAAGCCGCUGAUCCAGCCGUGGCUGUGGCAAACCUUAAAAGGAUGAACUACAACAUGCAACAAGCAGAGCAACCCGGAUUUGCGCAACAGGUGAUUCAGCCCGCACCACCACUAUUGGCCAACCCCCAACUAAGCGGCGCUGGACAAUACCAAGUAUGGGAUGACAUGCAGUCCACUGACCAGCAAAUGGCACCAGUGCGACAGAACACUGGCGGCAAACAUCCUUGGAACCUCCCCGUACCCCCGCCGCCUCCGCCUCCCCAUUACGGCAACUUUGACCCGAACCGACCCCCAACAUUUGCGCAACACCCCAUGCCUCUACCUGCUCAAUUUCCCCCGCCACCGCCUCCGCCUCUCCCACCGGCAUUCAUGCCACCCCCAUCGACAAUGUUUCCUCCACCCUUUGCUGGCCCACCGCCACCCAAUCCUUACGGACCACCAUUGUCUCCACCGCCGUUAAUGGGAUAUCCUCCUCCACCAUCUGCUAUACCGCCUACGUUUAAGCCGCCAACGACAACGAUGCCAACCAAAGCUCCGUCGUGGAUGCAAGUGUUGUCGAAAAUUGAUCUCAACCGAGCGGAUGGACUGUACACACAAGAGGAAAUUGAUCUCAAGAAGGCGUUGUACUACGCCGCAAGGGCAGUUGAAUUGUGAUAAAUUCUCAAGCAACUCACUUUUGGUAAUGGUGGCUGGUGAGAAAAGUGCGCCGGACGCGUGUGUCUUGAAGGAUGCAACGUCAGACAGCGCCGCUACAGUUAUGCCGGUGGAAAAUUAGGGUGAUGUUUCAUUGUUGUUAGGAAGUGGUGGCAUGUUGGUUGUGACAAGUUUUACGCUGACAUCAUGAUUUGUUCCGUUGCGAGAGAUCCUUUAAGGCGAGUCACGGCUCAUGAACCAAGAACAUAUUUUACCGGAAUAUUGACGAAAUAUUUUAUUGUUCCAAUAAUUAUUUUUCGUCUUCCGGUUAACAUUGAGUUUUGAUAAGAAAACAAUGUGUGAAUCUAAGA